AUGUCGAAUCGAGAAUGUACCUAUGAGGCGCCAAAUGGAGGCACCAGCCAAUCGCCGCCUGCUCCUAUUUCCUCGGAGUCUCAAGAACUUGAACCGUCCACCGCGUCAAUCGAGAAUAGAUUGCGCGGACAACGUCAUGUAACCAAGAAUCAUGAGUCCAACGGUGUCUUAUUGGAAUCACAACCAUACAUUGGAUCGCAUCAACAGCAAUCCCAGCCCACCCAAGACAAACAAGACCACCCAAACUCUGAGCAGGGUUUACCAACUGAUCUUAACAUCCAUCAUAUGGAACUACUCAUUCACUUGACAAUCGACAGCGAUAUCUUCUGUCUUAGUCUCGGCGACGACGCAUUCACUAACCCUACCUUUCUUUCCCUUGCUCUGAAAACCGGUCUAAAAUAA